UUUUUUUUUUUGCUUUCCCAACACGGCUAGCUGUUAGCUCGUAAGCUAACGCUAGCUAGCAGCGUAAAACGGGAUUUGCCCCUCCCCAAAAGCAUGAAACUGUUGCUUGUCUUUUUUUUUCAUUUUUAUUUUUUUAACAAUGUGAUGAGCGACUUUGUGUCAAGUAACAAUUACGGGUGUUGAAUUGGGAAUUUGUGGCAUCAGAAACGCGGCUAAAGAGCGAGACAGUUUGGGGUAACGUGGCUCGCGUAACCACCUAGCAUAUCUGUAAAUUAUCAUUUUUAGACAUUGGACGGUGGGACAAUCUAAUUCUGUUUAACUGGAAUUCAGACAGUGAAAUGGUUUAGCUGAGCAACAAACUAUUAUUAUUUUUUUUAAAAGAAAUAUUUUCAAUACUUGGCGUAGAUUUGGAGUCCAAAACCCGGCGUGACAGACCUGGGCCAGUCACCCAACUAGAACCCGUGUGUCGUUGCGAUAUGUCCCCGAGGUGGUAGACGUCGUCCUCGCCGCCACCGUGGUCAUUUUUAACCCAUUUUUCUCUUGCAUAUGAACGGUGACACGCCACCUCACCGGCAGUAGUGUUAGCUAAAUGGCUGCCGAAUCGGGGAGACUACUGGCGGGACAUGGAAAACGAGGCAAAGCCUCACAAAUGAAGAGCCCAGAAAAGAAGAAGGCGAGGAAGUCCACGUCACAGGCGGCGGGAUUCUCGCACCUCACAGAGUUUGCACCCCCUCCCACGCCCAUGGUGGACCACCUGGUGGCCUCCAACCCUUUUGACGACGAUUUCGGCCCGCCGUCUCGACCCGGUGGAGGUGGGGGGCCAGGCGGCGCCCCGUUCCUUCCCAGCCCAGGUGCGGGAGGAGGCGGUGGCUAUGGCGGCGCGGGCCGAAUGGGCGGCGGCGGCAUGGGUUUCAUGGGAGGACCAGGCGGAGGACAACCUGGACCAGGACGCAGACCGCCGUUUGGGCCGCCGUCCAACGCUGGACCGCCGCACCACCAGCUGAGUUUUGGGGGGAUGCCUGGCUUUGGAGGAGGGGGCGGGAGCGGUGGUGGGGGAGGAGGUGGAGGCGGUGGGUUCCCUCCCGGGGGCCCGUCUCAGUUCAACAUACCACCAAACUUUAGUCCCCCAAUGCACCCUGGGUCAGGUUUUAACCCCAUGUUGUCUCCCGGCAGUAUGGGGGGUCCUGGAGGAGGGGGUCCACCCCACCCUCGAUUUGGCAUGCCCCCACAACAGCAACAUGGACAAGGUGGGCACCCGUUUAACAGUCCUCCGUUACCUGGUGGAGGAGGCCCCAGGGGGCCCCCGCACGGCCCCAUACCUCCCAUGGGUGGCAUGGGGCCCGGGCAGGGGAUGAACAUGAUGGGCGGGAUGGGCGGUGGUCCCGGAGGCAACAUGAUGGGCGGCUUACCAGGUAUGCCUCCUCAAGGACAAUUCCCCACCUCACAGGAUGGCCCCUACCCUGGUCCCAGCCCACCGGGACCUGGCAGUGAGGAUGGAAAGAACUUUGGGGGAGGUGGACCUCCAUCUGGCCCUCAACAGCAGCUUAAUUUAAACCCCAACGGGCCUCCUCCUCCUAACAACAACAGCGCCGGCCCCCCUCCUAACUCUGGUCCAUCGCAGCCCGGAGGAGACUUCACCGGCCACCCUGACAUGCAGCAGUCCAAUGUCAGUAGUACACCUGGCCAGCCUCCCUCGGUGCAGCCCCAGCCCAAUCCCAACUCCUCUCCCAGCGGCCCCCUGAACGGAUCAGGCCAGCCCCAGCACCCGCCCUCCAACAAUGCCAACACCCCCAACUCGAACAACUCCGCCCAGCAGCAGCAGCAGCAACAGUCCACUCCGCCCAACUCUGCCCCAGGCUCCGUCUCUCACAACCAGCAGAACAACACCCCCGGUACCGCUGGUCCCAUGCCCAGCGCUGCCCCCAAUUCGGGUCAGAACAACAUGAGCAACAACAAUGGAAGCAACACCCCCAGUAACAACCCAAACCCGCCUUCCAACUCCACCUCCACCCCCAACACCCAGUCCCCGUUGCCCCCCGGUCCUUCUGCCCCUUCGACCGGGCCCGGCUCCGGUCCGGGGAAGCUAGGCGGCCCCGGCAUGGUGUUCCCCUGCGGCCUGUGUAUGUUGGAGGUGCACGAUGACCAGGACGCCAUCCUGUGCGAGGCUUCUUGCCAGCGCUGGUUCCACCGCGAUUGCACGGGCUUGACAGAACCGGCCUACGGGCUACUGACCCGGGAGAGCGCCGCCGUGUGGGCCUGUGACUUCUGCAUCAAGACCAAGGACAUCCAGGCUGUUUUUGUGCGCCAGGGACUGGGCCAGUUGGUGGCCGCCAACGAGAGCUGAGGAUUCUGGGAAAGAAUUAAAAAAAAAAACAAACACUUGAUGAGCCCUUUACUGGUUCGCUUCCCAAUCAUCACUUGACAUCCUUAUAUCUAAAAAUAGCACUUUGAGUGAAAAAAAGCCGCCGCCCCCAAUACCACAGAAGAAGAGAAAUUUUUUUUUUUUGAAUGUUUAACUGACACCUUUUUGGACAACCAGCACUGACACCAACAUGCUACCUCACACAUCCUGAGUGGCACACAAGCUCCGCACUGAUUUAGAAUUGCUGACCACCCCACCCACACAAUAAAAAUUGAUACAAGGUUCAGUUGGGCUCGCCCAAGAGUCCCCCCCCCCCCCCCCGACAUGUAUUUAUUGUUCACGUCACACAAUGAGUGCCUGAACUUGUCGAGGGUCAUUUUUAAUCAUCACCCUGUCAUCAGGACAUGAAACAGUUGCUGUAUUCCAGUCGCGUUGAGUCCAAAAGCAGAAGCAAGCGGGGCUUACGGGUUGUGUUCCUUCAUACCUCAUUCAGUCGAAACCAUUGUAGAUAUCAGCAUUUAAAAACAAAACAAACAAAAAAAAAAAAGCAGACUGGUGAAGGCAAAUUGUUUUUAUAAAGGAAGACAUUCAAGUCAGGAAUUUUGUCUCUGAAUUGUAAACGCAGUGCUUUUCAGAUGGUAUUGGGAAAAAGUUGGCGGAUCAAACAAUGCAGUAUAUGUGUUGGUAAUGUUUUUUUUCCGGGGACACCACGUGACAAAAAAAAAAAAAAGCGGAAAAUUACGUUUCAUGGUAUUGUCCCCUUCAUGAUUCAAUGUCCAAGUUGCCUUUAUUCAUUAUAUUGUCUUGAUUCUGGACUCGGGAGUCGUUUGUACCAGCUGAUAUUUGUACGGUGCUCUGGCGCCUUCUAGUGACAGCCGGAGGCAUAACAUCUGGUUGGGGGGAGAAAAAAAACCGGGGUGG